GAUGAAAUCUUUAAAAAAUUUAGAAAAAUCAUUAAAUUAUCACCAAUAUGUAUCAAAUGACAGCUGGUUACAUUCUUUUCGUGCACGAGCAUAUGUUUCAAAUUCCUUAUCAUCUUUUUCUUCAUCAUUUAAUUCUAUUUUUACAUCGAAGGUUUCUUUGUUGUCAUCGCGCAUAAAAGUCUUAAAAGGGUUAGUUGAUGACUCAUCGAUGAUUUCCAACAAUUCUAGAGGAUAG